AUGGCACAGAACCUCGGGUCCGCCCCAUCAGUGAACACCACUCGCGAGAAGUCUCCAAUUCCCAAAAUCAGUGAGGAUGAAGAGUUCGAGGUGACGUCACCCACCGACAUGACUUUCCGACAGGCAAAUGCCGGGGCGACCUCAGUAGGCACCGCAUUGUUCGGAGGCAGCGCAUUUGCCGAGGGAGGGACACAAUUUGGAGGACCCCUAUUCAGCAGAAGCCCCUUCCAGGGGGAGGGCGAGGAGAGCGAGCAAGAAAGCGAGCUGGCACCUCUCCCCGGACGCACCGCACAGCAAGGAUUCCCCAAUAAUUACGCACUGGGUCGCCGGACCUCGGUGUCGGCUGAGUCUCUAAAUCCCACCGAGGCGGGAUCCGAUAGCUGGACGCCUCCCCGCCACCCCAAGACGGAGGAGCAGGUCUCCCGGCUCAAGGCCGCGGUCAGCAGUAACUUCCUCUUCUCCCACCUGGACGACGACCAAUUUACGACGGUCCUGGAUGCACUGGUUGAGAAGCCCAUUCCGGCCAAGGAUAUCAAGGUGAUCUCCCAAGGCGACGCUGGCGAUUACUUCUACAUUGUGGAGGACGGUAACUUUGAUAUUUAUAUCCACACCUCUGGCGCUGUGCAGCCUGGCCCCGAUGGCUUGGGUAAUAAGGUCGCGUCGACUGGACCGGGAGGUUCCUUCGGUGAGCUUGCAUUGAUGUACAACGCCCCUCGUGCGGCGACAGUCAUCUCCACCGACCCGAAGAGUACCUUGUGGGCUCUGGACCGCAUCACUUUCCGCCGCAUUCUCAUGGACUCGGCAUUCCAGCGUCGUCGCAUGUACGAGGCUUUCCUGGAGGAGGUUCCGUUGCUUUCUUCCCUGAAGCCCUACGAGCGCUCAAAGAUUGCCGAUGCCCUGGACACAAUCAAGUACCCGGCCAACUCGACCAUCAUUCACGAAGGUGACCCGGGUGACGCAUUCUACCUGCUGGAGUCAGGUGAGGCCGAGGCCACCAAGAACGGAGUCUCUGGACCAGUCAAGAACUAUAGCCGUGGUGACUACUUUGGUGAACUUGCAUUGCUGGACGACAAGCCCCGUGCAGCGACUAUCACGACCAAGACGGACGUCAAGGUUGCGCGAUUGGGUCGCGAUGGAUUCAAGAGGCUGCUCGGACCUGUGGAGGAGAUUAUGAGACGCGCCGAGUAUGAAUUGGACGCUUCCAAGUCUCCAGUUUCCAAAUGA